AAAGCGAAGAUUCAUAAUUUCAUUUGGCAAUAUGGCAGCAACCAACAACACUCGCAUAAUUCCUCUUCUAUCUCCAUACAAGAUGGGCAACUUCAAUCUCUCCCACAGGGUUGUUCUCGCACCAAUGACAAGAGAUAGAUCGUAUGGUAACAUCCCACAACCACACGCUACUUUGUAUUAUUCUCAAAGAACAACUCAAGGUGGUUUUCUUGUCACUGAAGCAGUUGGGGUCUCAGACACCGCACAAGGGUAUAUCGACACCCCUGGAAUCUGGACCAAGGACCAAGUGGAAGCAUGGAAGCCAAUCGUGAAAGCGGUUCACGACAAGGGUGGCAUUAUAUUCUGCCAACUCUGGCACGUAGGCCGUGUCUCAAACUAUGGAUUCCAACCCAAUGGUGAAGCUCCAAUAUCUUCAACAGACAAAGAGUUAUCCCCGGGCCUAGCCGGUGGAGAUUGGUCACCACCUCGUAGACUAAGAACGGACGAAAUUCCAGCUAUAGUCAAUGACUUUAGGCUAGCAGCCCGCAAUGCCAUUGAUGCAGGAUUUGAUGGAAUAGAAAUUCAUGGAGCAAAUGGAUACAUAAUUGAGCAGUUUUUAAAAGACCAAGCCAACGAUAGAACAGAUAAAUACGGUGGAUCGCUAGAAAACAGGUGUCGGUUUGCCUUGGAAAUAGUAGACGCAGUUUCAAACGAGAUAGGAAGUGACAAAGUCGGUAUAAGGUUAUCCCCGUUUGGGAAUUUUAUGGAAUGUGGUGACUCUAACCCGGAAGCCUUGGGUCUUUACAUGGCCAAUGCACUUAACAAGUAUAAUAUCCUUUAUCUCCAUGUAAUUGAACCUAGAAUGGAUAUAGCAGGGGAAAAGUGUGAAACUCCUCAUAGCUCUCUGCCAAUGAGAAAAGCUUUCAAUGGUACGUUUAUUAGCGCGGGUGGUUAUAAGAAAGAUGAUGGAAACAACGCUAUAGCGGAAGGCAAUGCAGAUUUGGUUGCAUAUGGACGUCUUUUCUUGGCAAACCCAGAUUUGCCUAGGCGGUUCGAGCUUGAUACAAGUCUUAACAAGUAUAAUAGAGAUACUUUUUAUACUCAGGAUCCGGUUGUGGGCUACACUGAUUAUCCAUUUCUUGAGACAUGAUGUCAAUUUUGAAAAACAAAACUCAUUGUAUGAAUAAAGGAAUAUGGUCAAUUGUAUCAGUUAUUAUUUUGUCUUUCAAGUA